AGUUUAAUUAAAACGAGCUUAUUGUUUUAAAAGCAAAGCUAUAUGGAGUGUUAUUGAUGUCAUAACGAGGUCGAAGCAUUAUUUUGAUUUCUCUUUGUAUCACGUAGCGUGAUGUUAUAACAAACGUGAACGCGUAUGGUGUGGUGUUUAACGAUUGCGCGAGAAGAAUCACGGCGGUGAUUGAGCAAAUAUCGUGGGCGAUUUACGUGGGCUGAUUCCUUGAUACGAAAUGUCUAUUUGCCGGUAUGAAAUUGGCGAAGAAUGAAGAAAUUCAAAUUUGACUUUUUCUCACGCUCGCUCUCUCGUUGCCAAAUCGAAGACGCUGCCACCCACGAAAUUAGUCGGCAUUUAAUCACAACAAUGGAAAAAAAAUUGAGCGACUUAUUUAAGCAACCGCAGCAACUCUUUAAUUGAUUAUGCGCAUUGGAAAAACGAGUUUUAAAGUUAAUUAGCGGCAUUUUAAAUUUCACCGUCAAUAGCUUAUACGAAGGAGAAGGAAACGGAAAGAGAGAGAGAGGAGGAGGAGAAAAACAGUUAUUUAUAGAAUUUUUGAGGUCAGUGGGAAGUGCGCGAUUUCUUUGAGAUCGACAAUUUGACUUAUGAAGAUAAAAGACGAAGAUGACGCGGCGCGAGAUAGAGAGAGAGAAGGAGAUUAUUACGUGGGAAGCGAUCGGGAUUGCGCGGAUCCUUGUAGGUCGAGGAAACGAGGACGAGGUGCUGGAUUAGCUUGGCCCGUGCGAAGUUUUGUGAAAAGCCGAAAGCUUCGUAUGAAUCACAGAGGACAAAUCUACCACGUGCACGUAUAAUUACGUGAAGAGAGCCCAUUGCGAUAUCCAAUUACACGUUCCGUCAUCAUGGUGGUGUCGCAUCGCGAGCCUAGCAUAUCGUCAAACAUACGGGCGAUAAUCGAGCAGCUGAACUUGAACCCGGUGGAGAGGAGGCGGCUGAUCGACAAGACCAGGCAGGAAAACAAUACGCGAUGCAAGAGCUUCCCAGAUGGUAUAGUGACGGUGGAGUCGCAAACGCCGAAGAUCAGCAUCGGCGUUUACGGCUGUAAAGAUCGAAGUACCGAAUUCAGAGUGCCAGAUCGUCCGAUUACAAUGCGCAAGAUCGAGAUGGAGCGAUCGAGAUCGAAGGUGGAUACGCGACAGAGGCUCCCGACGCAGAAAAAGGAAGCGCCUCCUGUAUGCCAGGUGAAAAUAGAAGCGCCUUCCACACAAAUGGAGAGAGAAGUGAGGAUGGAACGCGUAAUCACGAACGAGGGCAAGUUGGAGUGUCGGUCGAUAGUGACUAUCGGAUCCUUUAAAAAGGAUACGACCCUUACCAAGGAUGAUAGCCGAACGAGAUCGACGACGAUGCCAGUAUUGACGAAGAUCCUUCCGACAGGUCAACGGAUCAUCAAGAGAGAGCAUAUCACUCGAAUCGACUCCUGCACGAUCGAGGACAAGAUCGCGGACGCAUCAGGAGUGUCGAUCAGACCAUUGUACAAAAUUGAAGAUUGUGUCAGAUCGAAGAAGCCAGAUACGGCGACGAACGCCAGAAUUCCUCGAGCUACGAAGGAACACAUGAUUUCAAAGGAACAGACUCGCGCCGAGGACAUGGUCGAGGUAAUCGAUCCAUCAAUAUCAGCGCGAGCGCGAUCCCCAUAAUUUUCUGAAUGUCAAAUA